AUGGGCAGAAAAUUUAAAUUUAUAAUAUUAUCUCUAUUUAUAAUAUCUCUUUUUCUUAUACUCAAUUAUUCAAUUAUAAAUAAUAAAAAUAAAUUAAAUUCGGAUAAUUAUAAUAAUAAUAAUAAUAGCAAUAAUAGCAAUAAUAAUAAUAAUAAUAAUAAUAAUAAUAAUAAUAAUAAUAAUAAUAAUAAUAAAAGUAAAAAUAAUAAUAAUAUAAAUAAUAAAAUUAAUAAAAAUAAAAAUAUUAAUAAUGAAAAUAUAUUAAAGAAACAAUAUAAAUAUGAAAAAGAUAAAAUUUCAUUAUUAGAGAGUAACUUUUUAUUAAGAACCAAUGGUUUAAUGGAGUUAAAAGAAACUAAAAUAUUACUUAGAAAAUGUGAAUAUGUGGAUUUAGUAUAUACAUGGGUUAAUGGUUCAGAUCCAAACCAUAUUAAUAGUAGACGAAAAUAUAAUAUAGAUCUCGGUAAUCAAAAUUAUCCUUCUUCAAGUGAUGAUCAUAAUGUUAAUAAUAAUAAUAAUAAUAAUAAUAAAAAUAAUAAUAUUGGAAAUUAUAGUAGAGAUGAAGAAGAAUCAAAUAAUAGUAUACCAGAAGAUGACACUCAAAGAUAUAGAGAUUAUGGUAGUCUAAAAUAUUCAUUACGUAGUGUUAGAAAGUACGCCCCUUGGAUAAAGAAUAUUUUUAUUGUAACUGCAAAUCAAAUUCCAUCAUGGUUUAAUACUUCAAAUCAUCAAAAUGUUUAUUUUAUAUUUCAUAAUCAAUUUUUUAAAAAUAUAGAUGAUUUGCCAACAUUUAAUUCAAAUUCAAUUGAAUCAAAUUUUUGGAAUUUACCAGAAGAAGUUUCAAAUUGUUUUUUAUAUUUAAAUGAUGAUUUAUUUUUUAGAGAACCAGUAAAAGUUAGUGAUUUCUUUGAUUCUGAAUUUAAUCAACAUAUAUUUGAAAGUGAUGAAAUUAUAUCAAGUUAUACAGAUAUUGAAAAUAAUGAAAGAUUGGAUGUUUGGGCUAAAUCAUUGGUUAUGUCAAAUAAAGUAUUGGAUAGAAUUUGGAAAACUCUUGGAAAACCUAGACAAAAUGCUCAACAUGGUGUUCAAGUGUUUAAUAGAAAGAUUUGGAUCUUAAUGAAAAGAGAAUUGGAGAAAGAACUAUCAAUGACAUCUUCAAAUAAGUUUAGAACUGUAAAUGAUAUUCAAAUACCAUUCACCUAUAAUCAGUUUGCAAAGAGAUACUCUCAACAUAUCAUUAAAGAACCAAAUAAUGGCUACUAUGGUUUAAAUGAUAAAAAUUUAAACAAAACUUUUCAAGAAGUUUUACUCAAUAAAAAUAAAUCAAAAACAAUUUGUUUAAAUGAUUUAUUGGGUGAAAGUUUAGAUAAAAAUACAAGUCUUCAAAUUUUUAACUUUUUUGAAUCUUUAUUUCCAAUUAAAUCACCUUAUGAAAAUAAUUAA